UUUAGAGAAUUUUGUUUAAUACCAACAAUUUAAGUAGUUAAAAUACAUUAGCACAGAGCAUAAGUUUAAAUACGGAAACAGAAACGCGACAAUAACAUCAACAAAAAUCAUAUUAUGGUGCAUAUGUAAGUGUCGCUAAAAAAGGUAGUAGCGAGCUAUUACAUCGCAGCGUCCGUUUGCGCGAGACAUCAACAAGCCACAACGACGGCAACAAGCAAGUUCUUUGGAGCACCUUGAGUCUGCGGCUGGCGACGUUGCGGAAGACGUACAUAGCACACACGGAAGUAGCCAAAAACUCGAUUGGGCCUUACAUUUGAGUUGCCGAUAGCGUUCAGCCAUGGCCGAUGCUUUGCCCGAAAACGCGGCAGAAAUUGCCGUUGCCAAUGCAAUCAAUAACAUUAAUGGGCGUAAUCGCGUAGUCGCUGGCGGUGCGGGUGGUGGUCAGAACAACAUGUUGAACAUGCGCGAUCGUCUCUUUCACGCCAUUUACUUUCGAGCUGCAGCCGCGUAUGCAGAGCUAAUUCCACGAAAAGUGCAACUUGCUAUUGAAUACUUUUUGCUGGCGAAGGCUUUGUUAUUUUUCUUUACUUUAAUCUACGUUCAUAAUGCGUUUAUAAAGAAUCCCUGCACUUGCUUACAAGAAGUACACAAUUGGCCCAGAGAGGGUGUUAUAAGAGUGGAAAUAAUACCCCACCUAGCUGAGAAGCGCGCCAUCUGGCAGAGCAUUAAACAAGAUCAACAGUUAAUAUACACACUAAAGGAUUCAUACUACUAUAACAUCGGACCGCAAACGUAUGUCAACCAUUAUCGGCUAAAGCGCUACGAAUCGAUACUUCGCAAGUUGGGCUUGCCUAUACGGCCUACUUUUGCGUACAACAAUGAAACGCUGUAUCACUAUUUUGAUGCCAUAAAUAUUCUAGAUUCCUAUGAUCAUCCCAAUGCCAUACAGCUAAAGGGUGAGGAUGAGGACGAUGAACAAUAUAUAAUGGAGUAUUCGUUGGAAUAUGGACACCUAAGACUCUCACCUGCCACGCGCAAGCGUCUCAAUAUACCGGUGUUAACUGUACAAUUAGAUCCCAACGCAAAUGACUGUUUUGGUGAUAGACUGACGCGUUACUUGCUCAAACGAUUGCUUGGCUACGACGACUUGUUGAUGGCCUCAGUACGGGCUAUAGCAGAAAAGGAGGAAAAUAAAGGAUAUCUACGAAAUGUCAUUACAGGCGAGCAUUAUCGCUUUGUGUCCAUGUGGUGGGCCACCUGGAGUUCCUAUCCAGCGGCAUUUUGUGUUAUGCUACUGUUUACUUUUUCGGUUUCAAUGCUGUUGCGCUAUUCCCACCACCAAAUAUUCGUCUUCAUAGUCGAUCUUCUGCAAAUGCUGGAAUACAAUGUGUCUGCGCGUUUUCCUAUCGCUCCGUUGCUUACCGUGAUAUUAGCAUUAGUUGGCAUGGAGGCCAUUAUGUCCGAGUUCUUCAAUGACACCACCACUGCGUUCUAUAUAAUACUAAUUGUAUGGAUUGCGGACCAAUACGAUGCAAUAUGUUGUCACACCAGUCUUACGAAACGCCAUUGGCUCAGAUUCUUUUAUCUCUACCACUUUGCUUUCUAUGCGUAUCACUAUCGCUUCAGUGGACAGUACCGCACACUCGCCCUGCUAUCCUCCUUCCUAUUUAUACAGCAUUCGAUGGUCUUCUUCUUUCAUCGCUACGAGCUUCCCGCCAUAAUGGCACAGAGGCACGUAUUUAUCAUAACCCGCAACCAGAAUGGCGCCAUGGCCGUGGGUCGCGGACAGCAGGCGGCCCUGCAACGUGCGCGUCUCAUUGUGACGCGAUUGUUUCGUCAAUUGGCCGCACAACGCCAAAUCGAACGCGACCGACAGGGACAGGAGGCCGGCGCCCUGCAUGUUGCCUUCGCCAAUUUGAGGCGCUUGCCUGUGGUAGGACAAUGGCUACAGAGACGAGAACAGUUCGCCACCGUGCGACGGGUGUUCCUCGGCCAGGGCGGCAAUGGACAGGUGAUGCAUGUGCAUCUCCAACGCAUCAAUAUGGCAGACAUUCCAUUUCGUAACCAGGCAACCGCCGGUGUGGCCGAGGUCGGCACAGCCAGCGCCGAAGGUACCAAUGGUGAAGCGGAUAUCCUAGCCACUACCAGCACCGACUCAGAUCCCCAGCUAAGCGAAGCUACAACAGCAACAGCCACAGCCGCAGUUGGCACAUCAGAUGUCGAAACAAAUCACGAACGGAAGGAGGAAAAUUCGAGGACUGUGGAAGCAGCAGCAACCGUCCUGAAUGAUUUAACAGGAACAGCCCAAGAUGCUCAGGAAACAAUGGCAGGCGUCAACAGGACAGCACCAUCGGAGGAGAUGCCAAGGAUUUGGGAAAAUCCAAAUUUCGUUGCGUCGGAUAUUAUAAAUAUGCCGGAAACAAUUCCAGCUACAACUAUUAAAACAUCAACAACAAGUGCAGAGCAACAACGAGUCUUGAAGGCUGACGAGUCUAGGCAAUUGGAAAGUGAUUUGCAAAAUGAGAUUGCAAAAGGAGAAACCUCCACGCCGCCGAAUUCGCGCUCUAGCGUGUUUACUCCAACGAAUGUGAAGCAGUUGCCCCUGGCAGCCACAAAAUCAGGCACUGUACAGGAAAUUAUGAAUGACCAUCAACAGGACGAAAGGACCGCAAACAAAGUUGCUGCAACAUCAACAUCAAAAUCAACAACAUCAACAACAUCAACAGCUGCAACAGAGUCGGCCGAAGCAUAUCCAACGUCAAAACAAGGCACAGCCGUUGCGGCAGCCUCAGCCCAGGGCCAGGGCCAGGCCCAAGCGCCAGUCCGAGCCCAGCCAAACACAGUGAUGGAUGGCAUAACAACAGUUGAUUUUAUGGAAGGCGACAGCUUCACGUCAACAGGAAAUGCCAGUAGAAUUGUCAGCGGCACAACCAAACCCAACCGCAUGGCAAGUGGCUCUGCUGUGGAGGCUGGUAGUGGUGGGGGAAGCAGUGAGCCGUCGGACAAUCUAAUGAAAACUGCAGAGCAUACAUCAAACCUAGUGACAACAACAACAACAACAGCAACACCAACAACAACAGCAAUAGCUGGAAAAGGACGAGCAGAAGCAGGAGUUGAAGCAGAAAGAGAAAAAAUAUAAGUAGCAUUCUUUGGCUGAGCCAAACAAAGAAACAAACAACAGCAUUGCGCCUUUAUUUUUGCCACGCCCAGUUACCACAGCAGCAACAACAACAAGGAGACUACAACACCAACAAGUGGAAGUGGAAGUGGACGUGCAAGUUAUUCAAGCAACUAGUAAAUUUUUUAGAUAA